CUGCCUGGCUGCCGCAUUUGUAGAGUGCUGACUGCUGAACUGACAAUUAAGGAAGCGCAGUUUAGCCGGCGAAAAUGUCCGACUCUACGCAGUCAGACUCUUGGCCAGCGUGGAAGAUAGCCUUAGCCCUUGGAAUCCCCGUAGCCGUUGGAGGCGUAGGUUACUAUAUUUACAAGAAAAAAUUUUCGGAUACAAGUCCCCCUAGUAAGCCAACUUCUGUGAAGGAACCAUCACCUAAGCUACAAGCGAGAAAAGAUCCUGAAGGAAGUUCAACACCAGACGAGGAUCCCUUCAAGAGAGCCAAGGAUUUUAAGAAUGAGGGUAAUGCAGCAUUCAAACAAGGAAAAUAUCAUGUUGCUAUUGAACAUUACACACAAGCAAUUGAACUUUGCCCUAAAAGCAAGAAGCAAGAAUUGUCAACAUUUCACCAAAAUAAGGCGGCUGCCCAUGAGAAAUUGGAAAACUGGCAAGCUGUUAUAGAUGAAUGUACAAAAGCAAUUGAAUUAAAUCCUAGAUACGUGAAAGCUCUUUUCAGAAGAUCUAGAGCUCUGGAGACGUUAGGAAGAAAAAGUGAAUGUCUUGAAGAUAUGACAGCAGUUUGUAUAAUGGAGCAAUUUCAAAAUCCUACAAGCAUGAUGUUUGCAGAUCGUGUCUUGAAGGAGAUGGGAAAAGAAAUGGCCAGUGAGCGAUACAAGGCUCGGGAGUCGGUUAUGCCUUCGUUGUUAUUUGUCAAACAAUAUUUUGGAAGUUUCACUGAAGAUAUCAUUUCACAACCAAUAACAGAGGAACAAAAAUUGGAAACUCAAAGUGGAUAUAUCAGAGCUCGUCUCGCAUUUGACAAAGGCGAUUUAGCAAAAGUCAUUCCUGAAUGUACAACAGAAAUUGAAAACAACAAUGAUUCGUCUCAAGAAGGCGAUGAUCAAAACCAACACGAUUUAUCUGCUCCAACAAGUGAUGAACCACCUCCGUAUCUCGCAGCUGCAUUGCUCUUGCGUGGAACAUUACAACUGUUACAAGGAAAUUCCAUCGCUGCCAAACCUGAUCUGGAAAGGGUUAUUGAUAUGGAUGCCGCUGAUAUAAAGCUUCGAGUCAAUGCACUUAUUAAACGAGGUAGUUUAUAUAUGCAAGAACAACACCCAGAUAAAGCUCAAGAGGAUUUUGAUUAUGCCGUCAAGCUGGAUCCAGAAAACACAGAUGUUCUUCACCAUAGGGGCCAGUUACACAUUCUCCUUGAAAAGACAGAAGAUGCUUUGAAAGAUUUUGAAACCUGCAUGAGAAUUAAACCGGAUUUUGCUCUCGCCCAUGCUCAACACUGUUAUUCUGUAUAUAGGUAAGACUAUACUACAAGCUUUUUAACACGACGGGAUGUUGUGGAGACGCAACAUGCAUUAGGGAAAUUUGAAGACUUAAUAGUAAAAACUCCUAACUGCUCUGAAAAGCUUCCAAUUAUAUGCGCAGGUUUGUAUGUGUUGGCAUUAACGGACCAAGGUAAUUUCCAGAGAGCAGAUGAAAUGUUUGUUAAAGCAAUUGAAUUGGAACCUGAUAAUGCUACUCAAUACGUUCAUAGAGGGCUACUUUGUCUUCAAUGGAAGCAAGAUAUAAACAAAAGCAUUCAACUUAUUGAAAAAGCUUUGGAAAUUGAUGGAAAAUGCGAUUUUGCUCAUGAAACAAUGGGCACAAUCGAAGUGCAAAGGGGAAACCUGGAUAAAGCUUGUGAACAUUUUGAGAUUGCUAUUAAUCUUGCUAAGUCUGAGAUGGAGAUGGCUCACCUUUUUUCAUUGAAAGCUGCUGCUGUUGCACAAGGAAACUUGGCAAAAAAAUAUGGGAUUAAGACACCAAACAUGACCCAGCCGAUGUGAGAUAUACAAUGUCAACAUAAACAACAAUGAUGAUUAAUGAUCGUUUUCAUGCCAAGCAUUAUUUGGUUCCAAUAUGUAUAUUUCUAGGUAAUUCUAAGGAUUUAUAUGUUGAGCCUGCUGUGAACUUAAAAAAUAAGAGACUGGAUGAGCCUUCGAUUAUUUGUAAAAAAUGGACUGUGUGAUAAUGUCAUGGGCCAAUUCAAUAUUUUUUUCAUUGUAAUAGUGACUAAUAAAAGUGACUACCAGAUUUA